AGAAAAGGAAAAGGAGGAGGAAUUUAAACCCUAGGCCAGGCCGGAGCGGAGGCGGAGUCUCCAUUCUUCUCCCAAAUCCGAAUAUACCCUUCUCACCUCGCGUAGAUCCUCCUCCCCCUUCCUCCCAAACCAAAUCCCCCAAACCAAACCAAAUCCCUCAUUCCCACCUCGGAAUCUCUGCGCGCGAUGGCCGGAGGCGGCGGCGCGGGCUCCUCCACGGGCGGCUCCGGCGGCGGAGGGGGGCGGGAGGGCGACUGGGACUGCGGCGGCUGCGGCAACCGCAACUACGCGUUCCGGUCGCUGUGCAACCGGUGCAAGCAGCCCCGUCUCCUGGUCGACCCCAACACCCCUCCCGACUCCAAGUGGCUCCCCCGCGCCGGCGACUGGAUCUGCACCGGUUGCAGUAACAAUAAUUAUGCAUCCAGAAAGAACUGCAAAAAAUGUGGCCUGCCGAAGGAGGAAGCAGCAAUGCCAGCAUUAUCAAUGGCAGGAAUGGCCAUGCCAGCUUAUGCAAAUUAUAUUGCUAGGAUGCAAGGCCUUGCUGGCUUUAAGAUGAACAUGAACUUUGGGAUGGCUGGCAAUUCAGCUUUGCAACAGCAGCUACUUGCAAGUGCAAACUGGCCUUAUGCGUUGGCUGGUAGAUAUGGGAUGCAAGCUGCUGGCUGGCCAUUUGGCGGCAACAACGCAAAUCAGUUUUCAGCGGCUCCAAAAGACUGGCGUAGCGGUGAUUGGCUUUGUAGCUGUGGAUUUCAUAACUACUCAUCUCGCACACAGUGUAAACAGUGUAGUGCUCCUGUACCAUCAGGCAUUCCCUCCACAACAAUGAAAACCACAGUACCAGAUACUUCUUCCACAUUAGGAACUAAGCGGUUGGCGUCAGAGGAACUUGCCAAUGAAUGGGAUAACAAAAGGCUUAAUCCAGGAAAUGCAAGCUAUCCACUUUCAACAGCAGGCACGGAUAAUUUAUUUGGUGGUAUUGAGCAAGGAGCUGGAAGCAGCAAUGGCCAGACACCUUAUUCCAAGUUUGACAAUGGAAACUCAAUAGCGUUACCCUCUGGGCAGGUCUCAGCAAUGCCUGGUCUUAUUGGAAAAGGAGCAAAAUGGCGCGAAGGAGACUGGAUGUGCAGCAACUGCAACAAUCACAACUAUGCAUCUCGAGCCUUUUGCAACAGGUGCAAAACUCAGAAAGAGGCAUCAGUUCAUCCCGGUGUGUUAUAGUUUGCUUGAGAGCCUUUGGUAUGUAGCUUGAAGUUUCCUGGAUCUGUUGUUGGUGAUUAGUACCUGAGCGGCCAGGAUUUGUUCCCUUUGGGGUUUCGAUUCCCCAGUGCUUCAGCUGCUGUUAAAUGUUUGCCCCUCAGUGCUUUACCAGCGCGUUCUGUUGAAGUUUGCUAUUUAUUUUUGUCCGAAGCUUGAAUAAAAUGGUUCCUCAAUGCACCAGCCUGCCAUCUGGUUCUUUGGGAAUAAUUGAAUUAGUUCUUUAGUAAUUGGACGAUGAACUAGACUCUAAUGUUGGGGAUUUUAUUGCUUUGUGAAUCAAAUGUACCUCCGUGAAGUCUUUGUAAUCCUGUUUCAGUAUUGUUGUAUUGAACAGAAAAUUGUAUGCUGUAAUGCACAUUCAUUUCAUUCGAAACCUUCCUUUUGCUGUUUUAUUCCCUGAA